AUGCCUUUUGCUCAGCUCGUGCUAGGUAGCCCUGGUGCGGGGAAGAGCACCUACUGCGAUGGGAUGCAUCAAUUCAUGGGCGCAAUCGGGCGCGCAUGCUCCGUCGUGAAUCUCGAUCCAGCAAAUGAGCAUACCAACUACCCCUGCGCCCUGGACAUCCGAAGCCUCGUCAAGCUCGAAGACAUCAUGCGAGAGGACAGACUCGGCCCCAAUGGCGGCAUCUUAUAUGCUCUCGAAGAGCUGGAACACAACUACGAGUGGCUAGAAGAAGGUCUGAAAGAAUUUGACCAGGACUAUAUCAUAUUUGAUUGCCCUGGCCAAGUGGAGCUAUAUACACAUCACAAUUCUCUGCGCAACAUAUUCUUCAAGCUGCAAAAACGCAGCUUUCGGUUUGUUGCCGUUCAUUUGUCCGAUUCGAUUUGCCUCAGCCAACCGUCUCUAUACGUCUCGAAUGUUCUCCUCUCCCUCCGCGCCAUGAUCCAAAUGGAUAUGCCGCAUGUGAACGUUCUCUCGAAAAUCGACAAAGUCGCCUCUUAUGACGAGCUUCCUUUCAACCUCGAAUACUAUACCGACGUCGAUGACCUUACAUAUUUGACUCCCUAUCUGGAGGCCGAGUCUCCCGUUUUGCGAAGCGACAAGUUCGGUAAACUGCACGAGGCCAUUGCAAAUAUGAUCGAAAGCUAUGGUCUGGUGCGCUAUGAGGUGCUGGCAGUCGAGAAUAAGAAGAGCAUGACACACCUUCUUCGGGUUAUAGACAGGGCCGGCGGCUAUGUAUUUGGCAGCGCUGAGGGCGCAAACGACACCGUGUGGGCAGUGACUAUGCGGAAUGAGGCAUCAAUGAUGGAUGUUCAAGACAUCCAAGAGCGAUGGAUAGACCAGAAAGAUGAAUAUGACCGGAUGGAACAAGAGGCGGAGGCGGAGGCUCGGCGCGAGCAGGAACAACAGGCCAUGGACAUGGAUAUACAGCCGCCGCAACCAUCGGCGCCGAGCAAUCCUGAGAUGGACCCUGAUUUUGGGGACAUGUCCAUCCCAGCUGAUAGUGGCAUCAAAGUAGAUCAAGGCACGUGCCUGGCGAAUUGCUUCCUCCUCAGCUUUUCGUAUCGUACCGCUUACUCGCACAACCCGAAAGGUGCAUGGACGUCCAUCCUUGACUGGAAUGUGGUCCAUGAGAUUUCCGCCAACGGCUCCCAAUCCAUGGUCGCCGAAAAGCUGAGCGACCCCAUUGCGAAUGGCUUUCAAAAGAAGCUGGGCUGUGAGAUUUUCGAUUGUGGGUUGAUGUUGCACCACGAAAGAUGGCACGGCGGAUUUAUGUUUGCUGGCAGACUCUGGCGGGUAAAUGAUGUUUACCAGGAGAUACCUCUCCUUUAUGCGAACCAUGACGACUAG